UAUUUUUAGCCGGUACUGGAGAUCUUACGUACGGCAUCCCCACCCGAGCUUUGUGAUAUUUUUCGUGCCCCCACCCAGCGCCAGGUGCCGGGCGAGGCGGGCGGGGGCCGGGGCUGCGCACGGAGGAUGCGCGGCCGCGGAGCCGCGCCGGGAUCGGGAGGGAGGCUACAAGUGGCUACCAGAAUGAUACCCGCCAUGCUUUGUAACGUGGUGUUCCUGCUGGCAUUUGGAUGGGCUUCAGCUUUCAACCACAGCCCCAGGACCCCGGACAGGGUUUCUGAAGCAGACAUUCAGAGGCUCCUCCACGGGGUCAUGGAGCAGCUGGGCAUCGCCAGACCCCGUGUAGAAUAUCCAGCACACCAGGCUAUGAACCUAGUUGGUCCACAGAGCAUUGAAGGUGGUGCACAUGAAGGUCUCCAGCACUUGGGUCCUUAUGGCAAUAUCCCAAACAUCGUGGCUGAGCUGACAGGAGAUAAUAUACCAAAGGAUUUCAGUGAAGAUCAAGGAUAUCCUGACCCCCCAAAUCCCUGUCCUAUUGGAAAAACAGUCGAUGAUGGAUGUCUAGAAAACACCCCCGACACGGCGGAGUUCAGCAGGGAAUACCAGCUGCACCAACACCUUUUUGAUCCAGAGCAUGACUACCCCAACGUGGGCAAGUGGAGCAAGAAUUUACUCUUUGAGAAGAUUAAUGGUGGUCCAAAAAGAAGAAAGAGGAGUGUGAACCCAUAUCUGCAAGGACAGCGACUGGACAAUGUUGUAGCGAAGAAGUCUGUUCCACAUUUUUCCGAAGAAGACAAGGGUCCUGAAUAAGUACAAUAAAAAUGAAUGAUGAAAACUCAUGCCAUCCUUUGCUAGAUCGUAAUAUUGCUUAUAUAUAAUCAUCUAUUAAAAUCCUUGUGAAUGGCAGCAUGUUUAUUAUUUAUAUAAUUGUAGAUGAAAAACAGCUGUAUUUAUAACAGUAUGUUCUCCUAGAUAACAAAAAUAUGGUUCUGCUUUUCGUUAAGCUAUGGUAAAAGGACAUUUCUGUUGUUUUUAUUUUAGUCAUGGAGCAAACUUUUAAAAUGUUAGUCAUUUUAAUAGCUAACGUGAGGUAAAUGGUCUUAAUGAGCAGCUUGUAAAUAGGAAGAUGUAAAAAAAUGCCCUGUCUGACUCCAGAAUUUAAUCUUAAAUGUUACUAUGUUUGACACAUGAAAAUUAUAGUUUUAUGUUUUGUUCACAAAUAUUGUUACUUAGCAAAGACAAAGUAUUUAUUUUACCCAGAGAAUUUUGGCUUUUGGUCUAUUUUAAUAAACAUUUAAGCAAUCUACAAGGUUUGCAAACUGACGUUUUCCAAAAUAUUUCAUAGGCUCAUCUGUCUCAGUUAUUUCUGUGCAAAUUUAAAAAUUAAAGAGCUGCUUUUUUUUAAUCUGUCCACUGGAAUACUUUUCUGUUAGUUUUAAUCAUUCCAUGUCCACAACUUUCCUGAACCCUUGUGCAUUUUCCUUCAUUAUCAAUGGCACUUUGGGGUGGGAGUUAAUCUUCCCCUCUGUUCUUUUGUCUUAGUAAAGGCAGCAUUUGUGCAUAAUGAAGUGCUUAAAUUAAGUGUCCCUGGGAUAUAAGUGAAGAUGGAGACAGUUAUCUGUGUUAAUAAGGUUGUGCCAAUAUCCUCUGAAUGCAAAUCCAGGAUGUGAAGGUCAUAGCAGUUGAUGAUCUUCUGAAAAGCUUUGAUACUCCAAUAACACUGGUAGCUAUCACUGUUCUUGAAGUCACUCCAGGAGGCUUUAAACUGCCUUUUUGCCCCUAGGACCUGAGGAACUUUAUAUGGCAGCAAACUGAGCUCUGGAUUUCUUAAAGAUGAGAAUACAAAAUUAAAUAAAAUUGUUGUUAUUUUCAGGGUGCAUCUGAAAUAGCACAAGCCAAACAAGCCAUGUACAUGUGGCAUUGGAAUUAUAGAAAAUAGCAUUAGCUUUGAACUUCAAACCUAUGAAAAAAAAAAAGUCUAGUUUUCUUCCGUGUCCUACAAAGAGACAGUGAAAUAACAGUGACCUCUUAGAUAAAACAGGUGAGACAGUAACAGAAACUAAAGGUCCUAGCUACGUAUGAUUAAACUUAACAACAUCACAAAUAUGACUGUGUAUGGUAUUUGCUUUUUCUUUCCUACCAGUAAGUAAUUCACAAUAAAUUAUAUAUGCAGAGA